AUGUGCCCUCGCAGUCAAGUCAUGGUACACAGAGAGCGGAAACUGAAGAAGUCGGCCACCAAGCUGGAGGCCGUGGAUGACACCGUAGAUCCGCUGGGCCCGCUCGGAGACAAGCCCACCGACAGUCUCGCUCCCGUCAACGAGCAAGCACCGACACCGCCCCAGAAGGAGCCUUUUGCAGGUCGCGGUGCUCGUCCGACAUCAUCUACAUCGCAAACAUCUAGUGCUGGUGGGUUGGGAGACUCGGUACAUCUGGAAGAGGAUGGUGCGGGCUUCAGGGGACCGCCCCCUGUACAGCCCCCAGCAGACGCGGACGGGGCGAAGAGGCAAUCUCAGCCCAGUGUCAGCAUUGAAGAGGCUGCCAAGCCGACAUUCGAAAUCACAGUGGGUGAUCCGCACAAGGUGGGAGAUUUGACAAGUAGCCACAUCGUGUACCAAGUUCGAACGAAGACAACAUCAAAGGCGUACCGACAACCGGAGUUUACCGUCAGCCGCAGAUACCGCGAUUUCUUAUGGCUCUACAAUUCCAUGCACAAUAACAACCCCGGUGUUGUUGUGCCUCCCCCGCCUGAAAAGCAAGCUGUUGGCCGUUUUGACACGAACUUUGUCGAGUCUAGAAGGGCUGCACUUGAGCGCAUGCUCAACAAGAUUGCGGCACAUCCUAUCCUGCAACAUGAUGCGGAUUUGAAGAUAUUCCUGGAAAGUGAAUCGUUUAAUAUGGAUGUCAAGAACAAGGAGAACAGGGAACCGGAUCUAGGUCAAAACAAAGGAAUGUUCAGCUCCUUUGGAAUUAGCGUAGGUGGGGGUGGAAAGUUCGUAGAACACGAUGAUUGGUUCCACGAUAGGAAGAUAUACAUGGACGCGCUGGAGAAUCAGCUCAAAGCUUUGCUGAAGGCGAUUGAUGUCGUGGUCGCGCAGCGCAAGGGAUUGGCAGAAGCGGCUGGCGAUUUUUCGUCUUCUCUUCACGCUUUGGCGGCUGUCGAGUUGUCUCCCGCCCUUUCCAGUCCAUUGGACGGACUUUCAGAACUGCAGUUGCGCAUCAAGGAACUUUAUGAGCGCCAAGCACAGCAGGAUGUUCUGACACUAGGAAUCACCAUCGAUGAGUACCUUCGCAUCAUCGGGAGCGUCAAGACUGCUUUCUCUCAGCGACAAAAAGCCUUCCAUAGCUGGCACGCGGCGGAGUCAGAGCUGCAGAAACGGAAGCAUACCCAGGAGAAGCUGCUCAGACAAGGAAAGACGCAGCAGGAUCGCCUCAAUCAAGCCAACGCCGAUGUGGCGGACGCGGAAAGAAAAGUGCACCAGGCCAGGCUCUUAUUCGACGACAUGGGCCGUUUGAUGCGUAAUGAAUUGCAGAGAUUUGAGAAAGAAAAAGUGGAAGAUUUCAAGUCUGGCGUCGAGACAUUCCUGGAAAGUGCAGUGGAAGCACAGAAGGAGUUGAUCGAGCUGUGGGAGACGUUCCUUUUGCAGUUGGAUGCUGGUGAAGAGGGUAUCCCCUUCUUUGCGCCUCCUCCUGUUGCAACCAAUGCUCCUGCGCAACAGGCUACAGACGAAGCCAGCGGUACAGCCCCGGUCGCUGCGGAGGAGACGGCGUAG